AUGAAAGAGAAGGUCCUCCGCUAUGCUCGAAGAAUAGCAACAUCAGGUCGACUGGCCCACAGCGAGUUGGUGACACAUCGAGACUCUCCCGACAACAAUGAAUGCACUCCUUUCGACUUUUCUGAAGCUAAUAUAGCUAGGCUGACGGCUUUAAUAGCGAACUAUCCAGAAGGAGCUCAACGGUCUGCUCUUGGUGCUGCUUUGGACUUAGUUCAGAGACAAAUCGGAUGGGUUCCCAUAUCAGCCAUGAAUAGAGUAGCCGAAUACUUGAGCAUUCCAAGAAUAAGGGUGUAUGAAUGGGUCACUUUCUAUACUAUGAAUAAAAGGCGUUACCGAGGAAAAUACCAUGUCAAGGUGUGCAAGACUCUUCCCUGCAUGCUUCGUGGUUCUGACACAAUCCUAGAGGUGGUUCAGCAGGAAUGCAAUUGCAAAGUUGGGGAGUUGUCCCUCGACUGCAUGUUCGGGGUAGACACAGUGGAGUGCGCGGGAGCGUGCGCCAAUGCUCCAAUCUUGGUCAUCGAUGAUGAUUAUUAUGAAGACGUUUCACCUUGCGACGUCGAAACCAUCAUCAGAACUUUGAAAUGUGGUGGUAUACCACGCUUUGGACCUCAAUGUGGAAGAUAUGCAGCUGAGCCGAUGUGUAACCAGGCUUCCUUGAUCGAACCUCCACCAGGACCCGGAUUCAUGCUUCAGGAUUGCCUUAAAUAA